AUGAAGGAGCCCCAGGUCUUGUCCAACGAGUGUGUGUCACAUGGCAGACACUACUGGGAGCUGAAGGCAAAGGGAAUAUGGGACAUUGCCGUGGCAUACAAGGAAAUCACCAGAGUGUCAUCAAGAACCUUCGGUGACAACCGGUUGUCUUGGAGUAUUUCACACUUGGGCGAUGGGCGUGUCUUUGCCUACCACGCAGGGGUGCAAGAGAAUAUUGAUGAAUCCUUGACACCAUCCUGGACAUACAGAAGAAUUGGUGUGGUAGUGGACUUUCACAUAGGCCUCAUCACUUUCAGCGAGGCAAAGGACAAAAAGAAAACGUUAACAACUGCUUCCAUUUUAAAUGGAUGUGUUCUGCUGUCAUCAGCUGUUGUCCUGGCCAUCGGCCUGGCUUCAUGGUACAGAUACUCCUUGGGGAGAGGACCACGUUAUAAAGAGCAACACACAGACAACUUUGAGCCCCACAUUCCAGAUUUGAUCCUCAGCAUUGACACGGCCAGUCCCCUCAUCAAUGUGUCCGAUGACCGGCUGACCGCUGAGCGGGUGGCAGACAGGCUGCCGUACCCACCCCACCCUGACCGCUUCCUCUCCAGGCCCCAGGUUCUGUCGGCCCAGUGCGUGACCAGCGGCAGCCAUUACUGGGAGCUAGAAGUGGAGGGAGCCUGGGAGCUGGCGGUGGCCCUGAGGUCCAUCAGCAGGACAGGCGGCAACGCGCAGAGCAGCUUCGGCAAGAACCACAAGUCCUGGAGCCUGAUGCAGCAUCAGGAAGGUGGUGGGCUGGCUGCCUACGAGGGGGGCGUGAAGACAACCCUGCCCAGGAUCCUCAGGUAUUCGCGUGUGGCCGUGGCCCUGGACGUGCGGGAGGGCACUGUGAUUUUUUACGAGGUGGGCCCGAAGCUGAAGCAGCUGCACAUGUUCACGCCCGAGCUGAAGGAGCCGGUGUGCCUGGGGCUGGGCCUGUACCGCUCGGCCAAAGCCACCAUCCGCAAGGCCUACGAAGUGCACAGACUGUGAUGAUUGAGGUCCGUUCACACCCUAGUUAGGCCAAUUUUGCGUGCACGUUUCGGCUCUUAUGUUCUAAGCCUCAACACCUGUGUAUCUGCCUUUGGAGUGCAUAGAAUGUGACACUGAUAGGAGUCAACCGAAGGGCACUGCAAUGGACCAGAAACGUCUCAGUGACAGCAUUGGACACAUAUGAAGCAUUGAGGUGUGUCAUUCAACACACAAAAAAGGAAAUACUUUUUUAGGGGCUUUUUAUACCUGUAUGUGGUAGGACAGUGUGACAUGGUGGCAGGAAGCAAGAGAGAGAGAUGGGGGAGGAUCGGACAAUGACCACGGGCUGGAACCGAACCUGGGUCCCCAGGCUUAACAACAGUGGCCUACCCUUUGAGCCACAGCAGGGUCAGGAAAUCAUUUUUUAAGGAGUCUUUGCCUUAAAUAUGGCGGAAGGGACAUGAAACUGGUGGGAGUAUAUAUGGGGGAGGAUUGGGACAUGAGGACCCAGUUUUAGACCCUGAUGGGGGGCCCCGUGGGUAUGCAAGCCCAUACCAAGUAUGUGAGCGGGUGCCCUAGCAUGUUGUGCGGCUGAAAAAUGAAACAAUUGUACGUUUUAUUACUCUUGUAUGUUUUAUACAAUUGUAUGCAAGGUUACUCUGUUUAUAACCACCUCUGGUAUGAUGAAAUCUAAAAUAGACUGAGCCCCUGCCGCGAUUUUUUCCCCAAACUUUUAUUUGCAUCCAUCAAAUUUAAUAUGCAGUCAAGUGAUCUCCACUCAUACAAAACAUUUAAGCAUUUUAUACUGAAGAUUAGACACCAAAAAUAGUGCAUCCUAUUAAAUGACAUGUCACAAGGAUAAAAAAAGAAUAAUAUAUCAGCAGGGAGAUUGAGAAAUAUACUAUAAAAUAAGGUAAAUAUGUAAGACAAUAAAAUAUGGUUAAAAAAUCAUGAUCAAAUAAAAUGUGCCUAUGUCUAGAGGCUAUAUUGUUAAUCUCUGAAAUAGCAGAGAGGAGAAAGCGUCCUCUAAAACACUUUGUUUCACAGAAGGGUUGGCUGGUUGGCUGGAAGUCUGGCGAAAGCUAAGAGAAAUCUGUUUCCAUUGAGGGUGGGAGUCGGGCUGACCUCUGGUGGUUAUCCUAGUGUGUGCAUGCUGUCUAGUCAAGCUGCCUGUUCUGCAGUGAUGAUUCAGAGAUACCUGUAGGAUGGAAAUCACCUGUUGAAAGUACCUGAUUGUUUGCUUAGAAUGAAUAUGAAUAUAUAUGCAAUACCAAGCUAUAAUGUAAUUUGAGUGAAGGUAUAGUGGUUU